GCAAAGAAACCAGAUGUUACUUGCACUUUUCUUUGUCAUCAGAUGGGACUCUGUAUUUAAAAUCUUCUCCACCUCUUCCUGUGGUUGUUGCCUGUGUUGGUAUAAAUGAUCAUGCAAACACAGAGAUGGUUUGGGGAAAGUAGUUAAUUUAUUCACUUGAGAUUCAGCCUGAUCCUUGAGAGCACUUCGGUGGUGGUGUUAAAUGGAGAAAUGAGAGCUCUUUCACUGGUAUUGUCUGAGUGAUCUGAAACUACAGUGAAACCAGUUGAUCACUAUGAAUGACACCAACAACAGCACCCCAAUAUGCUAUUCCAACACCAGCACUCCAUUUAAGUAUGACCCAAACAUGGGUAAAGUCCACUACUCGGCCACCUUCACCACUUUGGGUCUCACCUCAAAUCUCAUCGCCUUUAUUGUUCUUAUCAAAUCCUGCCAGCGAGUACAAAGCCGCUCACGCUCUUUCUUCCUCAUCUUCCUGGGCGGCCUGGUUGUUACUGACUUCAUGGGUCUUCUGGUUACAGGCACUGUUGUGGUUUCCUUCUACAUUACACGUGUUGAUUGGAGUCAGAAGGACCCCACUUGCCAUUUCUGCAACUUUAUGGGUAUGUCUAUGGUGUUCUAUGGACUGUGUCCACUGCUGCUCAGUGCCACGAUGGCCGUGGAGCGCUUCAUUGGCAUCAACCAUCCAUUUGCACGUUCCACCAGCAUGUCCAAAGGACGGACCGUUUCCAUGGUGUUGAUGGUGUGGUUUGUUGCUGGCUGCAUAUCACUGCUACCCCUAACAGGCUUUGGUAGCUAUCACAUUCAGACGCCCGGCUCCUGGUGCUUCCUUAACGUCAGCCCAGAGAGGAAUGAUGUGGCCUUCUCCCUGCUCUUCUCCCUGGUUGGACUGAUUAGCAUCACUGUGUCAUUUCUGCUGAACACAGUGAGUGUGGUGACUCUGAUUAAGGUGUGCUGUGGGCCGGACAGGAUCCAGCGGCGCCGAGACCAUGAAGUGGAAAUGAUGGUGCAGCUUAUCCUGAUCAUGCUCAUCGCAACUAUCUGCUGGUGCCCCCUUUUGGUCUUUAUUGCGCAAACUGCUCUGUCCGGAAGUCGCCUCCAGGUCAAAUAUCUUGUCCUAUGGAUACGCUUUGCCACCUGUAACCAGAUCCUAGACCCAUGGGUUUACAUCCUAUUUCGCAGGUCUGUUUUGAAAAGAGUGUACCCUCGCUUCAACUUGUCCGAGAGCUCCGUCAUGACCUUGUAUCCAUCAAUUCGAGAUACUGUCCGCAGAUUCACACAAGCUUCCCUUGGGAGCACCUUGAGCUCAGAUGGCAUGGGAGAGACAGAGAAACCAAAUGUAACACCCCUAUCUACUUCAAAGCCACCACCUCCUUCUCCAUGAGUUGCCAAUGUAUCAGCAUCACAUUAGUCAUAGAAUUUCCACUGUUUAAUGACAUGUCAGCUAUGAUGUGGAUAAGUUGGAAAGCUAUGCAAACAAUAUGAUAGUGCUUCAUUUUGUUGUGUUAUGAAGUGUUGAUACAGUAUUUCAGAUAGGACAGCAUUUAAUUAGUUACAAGGAUCGAACCUGUGAUGCAUCAACAAAAAAAGUAUCCUGUCAACCAGACAGAGCUAGCACUUAUGUCAGCCAGAGCACAUUUAAUACUAAGUGUGUUGCUUCCUCUAUAUGUGCUGUUCCUUUGAGUUCUUUUCUGACAUUUGAAUGUUAAAUAUCAAGUUAUAUUAGAGAAGAGCAGAUUGUUUUAGUGAGAUGGUUAAAACUGCUGAGAACUUGCAACCCAGAUGAAUGUUACUGUAUUUUUGUGAAACCCUUGAAUGUUUGUGAUUUUCAAGAGCAUCAAGCUCUGAUUAUUGCCUUAUUAUUUUAUGAUGUAUAAGAAAAUUUGUAUAAAAUGUAUCCAAGAGAAGAUCAUGGACCCGCAGCACAUUAGAUAUAAUCUAUAUACUCAUGUUUGCUAGCACUACUGCUGUUAUUCCUUAGAAAAAAAAUUAUACAUAUAUAUCUUUAUAUAUAUAUAUAUUUCUCUUGUAUUGUGCUGUAUGAAAUAUUGUUACUGCUGUGUCCAUAUGGUUUAAACUCCAAUCAAUAAUCACUUCCAUACUACUGCUCUUGUGUAACUGUUGAAGCACUUUUGUAUUAUUUACCCUUGUUCUCAGAAAGUGAUCUUUGGGCUUUUAACACUGAAAUGCACGUGCAUUGUUUCUGUGAAUGGAAAGUGACAAUUGAAAGUUAUUUCCCAGAAAUGAGGUUAGGGAGUGUGAUUAAUUGUAAGUGGUUGUGGUUUCAUUUGUAAGUAAAAGUAAGUUUGAAUGUAUAUGUAUGUACAAUUUGUAAUCUGGGUUGAUGCUUUAAAAAUAGAUUAAGCUGUUGAUUAAGUUUUUCAGUUAAAUAAAUGAUCAGCUUAAACAUU